UUUCGUGCUUUAGUGCCCACUAACAGAAUAGUGAGUUGUCGAGUCUGUAAGCGAUGUAAAUCACAACGAAAGUCCCUAUUUUGUUUUCCUUUUCUUGGGAAAGUCACAGAGAUCAGUUCCUUGGGAUUUUCGCCCCAUUCAGGUUCAGCUUUGGUGAAUAAUACCGCCACUCGUUGCCCAGGAUGGGUGACAGUGUUACUGCACGACAUAGAGCAAUACCGGAUGAUAAAAUAUGUUUGCGGUUGAUCCUGGUAUCUGGCAAGACACAUGAAUUUUUAUUUUCACCCAGUGAUACAGCAUAUUACAUAACACAACACGUCUAUGAAAACUGGCCUGAAGGUUGGAAAGACGAAGCGGUCAGUUCCCAUAAUAUUCUUAAACUUAUUUAUCAUGGACGGUUUUUACACGGAAAUGUGUCUUUAGGAGCACUUAGCCUUGAGCCCGGAAAGCGCAGCGUGAUGCACCUUGUUGCAAGAGAAAACUUACCUGAACCUGCCACACAAGGUCAAAGAAAUCGUGAGAAAACAAGUGAACAAAGCUGUUGUUGUACAAUUGUUUGACUUUUAGUUUUACUGUUUAGAUGCUGAAGAGGUGAUCUACUCCAUAUGUUCACUUCAAUAGACUUGCCAUUAAAAUUUUUUAGAGUGUAACUCGACCAUAAUUUAGAUAAUCAGUGUGUACAUGCAUGUAAUUAUAUUUGUGAUUUAAGAAAAAAACUCAAAACACUUUUAUGAGCAAUUUUCAAUAUAAUGUCAAAAGUCAUCUUGGAUUGUAUUAGGUCUGCCUCACUUUACUUUGUGACCAGCCUAAAAACUCUUGUUACUCUUUUAAAAAUCCUAAUUCAAAAUUAUAAAUAAUAGCCCCUUGAUUGCCUAAGUUUUCCUGUAUUUCUGGCUCAGUUGUUCAAAGGGCAGAUAACGUUAUUCAACAGAUAAAUUUCUUUCCAGUGAUUGAAUAUGUGUUGACAAAACACACCGCACAAUACACCAGGUACAGAUAUAUCCAGUGGAUAAGGUUAUCCACCUUUCCAACAAUGAAGGCCUGGUAGUCUGCUUCAAGUUCUCAUUGGCCACUUAUGAUUUUCUUAUUUGUCCCCAUCAGUCAUUGCAAUUUUGUAGCUUUGGCUUUUGGGACACUGGAUCAAAAAGUGCUCAACUAGUUAAUUUAAAUAGGUCAAAUGAGAGAAGUCAUCAAAGACAUGAGUAAUAGUUGUGUUAGUAAUGGAAGAUAUUUUCUUCCUUUUUUACCAUAAUUUAUUAUGAUCAAUGAUCACUCAUAAGCUAAGAAACAAUGGUUUUUUUUAGUAAAUAUUUUUUUUAAUUUCAUGUUCUGGUCAAUACAUUGCUCUAAUUGUCAUUUAAAGUAAACUCUUUAGAUUUUCACUUGUUAUAA